AUGAACAACCUCCAUGAGCCCAUGUACAUUUUUGUAGGCAUGCUAGGAGUCACAGAUAUUGCACUUGCAACCACCAUUAUGCCCAAGAUGCUUGGCAUAUUCUGGUUUCAUGUGCCAGAGGUUUAUUUUGAUUCUUGCUUGCUUCAAAUGUGGCUCAUCCACUCAUUUCAGUGCAUAGAGUCAGGCAUCCUCCUGGCCAUGGCUCUGGACCGUUAUGUGGCCAUCUGUUAUCCACUAAGACAUGGUGCCAUCUUCACCCACCAGCUGGUCACCCAAAUAGGGGCUGUGGUAACACUCAGGGCUGCCAUUCUGGUAGCCCCAUGCCUAGUACUGAUAAAGUGCCAGUUUCAAUUUUACCAUACAACCAUCAUCUCCCACUCCUACUGUGAGCAUAUGGCCAUCGUGAAACUGGCUGCAGAAAAUGUGCGGGUCAACAAAAUCUAUGGUUUGUUUGUGGCAUUCACUGUUGCAGGGUUCGACCUCACCUUCAUCACUUUGUCCUACAUACAUGCUUUUUAA